AUGGAGGGACCAAAAACCCUGGGGCCCUGUGGCCUCUCCCACCCCCAAUGCCCCCAACCUUCAACUUCAAGCAGCCACGGAGGAUGCCUAGACUCACCCUGCCAGGGGUUUGUAAGCUGGUCCUGCCCAGGGCCUCUCAGCUCCACACACUCAGUGGAGUCUGCCAGGACCUUCCCAGCCCCAGGGCCAGGGGGCAGCGGGCCCAGGGGAGGUAGUGGGGUACCUGGGGGCUUUAUUGCCAGUGAAGAAGGAGAGAUGCAGAGCCAGAGAGCCAGAGAGCCAGCAGGGGUGAGACAAGGACAGAUGGAGGCAGAGCUGGGCUGGGUCUGGCCCCUGCACUCAGGAAGGGGGCCAGGGUCACCCAGGCAGGGGGGAGCCCCCACUUCAGGGCCCAGACCCUGCCUGUGCCCUUACCUGCCACAGGGGGCAGUAACCCCAGCCUCACCCAGAGUAGCCUCCUCCCAGCUCCAGAGUGUGCCCCUGGGGCCUGGAGAACACUCCUUCCUCCAGCUGGAGCAGGAGAACCAGAAUCUGAAAAGGCAGAACCAGGACCUUCGGGAGCAGCUGGGAGCCCUUCUGGGACUGGGGCAGCAGUUCCUGCCCCUGUGCCCGGAGCACUCAAGCCGAACAGCCCUCUCCUGGCCUCCUGAGCAGGCUGGUUCCAGGCCCCUGGAGGACAGAGCACCUUUGCAGCUGCUGCGGCGGGAGCUGUGCCGAGGCGAGGAGUCCUUCGUGCAGCAGUCCCAGAAUGAGCUACAGCAGAUCCGACUGUCCUUUGAGAGGAAGAAGAUGGCCAUUACCGAGGUGUGGGAUGGCGUGGCUGAGGUACACAUGGCCCUGAACAACCAGGCCACCGGACUCCUGAACCUCAAGAAGGAUAUCCGGGGCGUGCUAGACCAGAUGGAAGACAUUCAGCUGGAGAUUCUGGGGGACCGUGCCCAGUGCCGCACCCAGGCAAGAAAGGACCUGUGUGUAGCAAAGGCGAAGCCGCAGCUGGGAUGUUCCGAAGGCCUCAAAGGCCAGCUCUGGCUGCUGGCCCUGAGGCUGCUGCUGGGCACCCUGCUGGCCUGUACCGCCGCCUACGUGUACGUGGUGGACCCCACACCCUUCGAGGGGCUGGUGCCGCCCCUGCUGAGCCGCGCUGCCGUCUGGAAGCUCCGGGCCCUGCUGGGCCCGUUCCUGCACCUCGAAGUGGAUGACUUCCUGCCCUUCUAG